ACGAAAUUUAUUGAAUAACAUGAACAAGCCUUUGGUGCAACACCCUUCCCCUGCUGCAGAGAGACCUCCUCCAGUGCCUUGUAAGAAGUUCACAGUGGCACUAAAACCUCAGGGCAAGACUAAGCGGAUCUUCACCUCUGUGCAAAAGCCAAUCACACACAUUGGCAUUGGUUAUCAAAAAGACAUCGAAGAGAGACCGCCUCCAGUGCCUUGUAAGAAGUUCACAGUGGCACUAAAACCUCAGGGCAAGACUAAGCGGAUCUUCACCUCUGUGCAAAAGCCAAUCACACACAUUGGCAUUGGUUAUCAAAAAGACAUCGAAGAGAAUGGCACGGACCUUGGCUUGACAGUAUCUUCAAGAAGUGAAACCAUCUCAGAGAAUCGAGUUCAUGUCAACAGUAAGCUGGGCAGCAGCUUUGCAGGAGGUAUUUUGUCACAAAACAAGCUUAAGAAUGUUUGCACCACUCCAUCCAAUAACGGUUUAGGUCUGUACACCAAUAAAAAUUUAGGUCUGUACAUUGCCUGUUACGAUUUUAUUUCUUUGCAACUAAGCAUGAAGAAAGGAGAAAAAAUGCAAGUUUCUCGAUUCAGCGAUACUCAGGAAUGCGAGGUUACCAAUGUGCAGGGAGAUGUUGGAUGGGUGCCUGCCUCCUACAUAACCAAGGUGGAAAAUCUGGAGAAGUACUCGUGGUUCCAUGGUAACGUCACCAGAGCAGAGGCCGAGUUAUCCUUAGGAUCUGCUGUCAACGGAAGCUUCCUUCUUCGCGAGAGUGAGAGCAAUGCCAAACCAGGGCAAUUCUCCAUAUCCCUCUGCAACGAUGGUCAUGUCUACCACUAUAGAAUCCACACCGACCCUCAAUUUAUGUACUUUGUGGCACCACACUUAAAGUUUAAUAACCUUGCAGAACUUGUCGCCCAUCAUUCCAAACACUCUAACGGAUUUCUGCUUCACUGUCCUGCCCCCAAUUCUCUGCAGUGUGGCCUACCUGGAUGCACCAAUAGAAAGAAAACAGAGGGAGGGACAGUCCAUGACUACUGUUGUCUAGACCAUGCACAGAAGGACGCCCCCAACAGAGAUGCAAAGAUUCUUACAAGCAUGCCGGAAGUUCAAAAGUUUCUCCAGAAAUUUUCCGAUCUCAAAGUUGCCUCAAUGAAAGAAAAUGAUCACGCUAAGCCUGGAGGUGCUCUAUUUAAUACAUUUAGGAGCGCAAUGAUGUCCCUACCGACCAGCCAAAGAAAUACUUGCCUUGCAUUUCAUGGAACAUCAGAAAGCAAUAUCGACAGCAUAUGUAGUACUGGCUAUGACCAAAAGAAAAGAAGUCGCCAAGUCCAUGGUGCCGGGGAAUACUUUGCAACAUCUCCCAUCAUUCCUCUUGAUUACUGCAAUGGUGGAAAGAAGCUGCUGCUGAAUGAACUGUUGCUAGGACAGAAUGGAACUCAUCAUACAAAAAAAGGGGACAUAGUAGUGAUGAAGAACCCUGCUCAUGAUUUACCACGUUUUGUUAUUACUUUCAAAUGACUUUCUUUGUAUAUUAUACAUUACAAUAUACAUUGUUUGAGUUUGACACAA